AUGGCCAUGACCUAUCCAUACACCGUCUAUCGAGGUACAUUCAUUCAUCUCCCCCGGCUUAACUCGACUUCAGCAAAGCCGGAGCUCGCCAGAAAUCAAGGUGUUUUGUGGGUUUCUUCUGCAGAUGGCCGCAUCAAGGGAUAUGAUUGGCAAGUCAACGAUGAUGCCAGCUUCCAAUCUUUCCUGUCUAGCCACGGCUGGACUGUCGCCAAUACUGCAACCACUAGCAAUGCCACUCAAGUCCAAGUUGUGGAGUCCAAUGACGAACGAAACGAGUUCUUCUUUCCCGGUUUCAUCGACACCCACAUCCAUGCGCCGCAGUUCCCCAAUAUUGGACUGUUCGGUUCAGCAGGCCUCCUGGACUGGCUGAAUGAAUACACCUACCCAACGGAAGCUAGCUUCGGUUCUAAGUCAGACCCACAGAACCAAGAUACAGACCCCAGAGACACGCCACCCGAGGGCUUGCGCGUUUAUGAUGAAGUCGUCGCACGCACCCUUGCCCACGGCACAACAUGCGCGUCUUACUUCGCCACCAUCCACAUCGCGGCCACCAACGCCCUCGCAGCACUCUGCCACAAGCACGGCCAACGCGCCUUCAUCGGCCGCGUCUGCAUGGACAACAAAGAGGAAUGCCCGUCCUAUUACGUUGACCAAUCCGCCGAGGAGGGUUUCAACGCAACCAAGUCGACAAUCGAUUACAUCCAGACCCUCGACCCGAAAGGAACGUUGAUCAACCCAAUCGUCACCCCCCGCUUCGCCCCAAGCUGCACAAACGAGUCCAUGGAUGGCCUCGGCGCAUUAGCCGCAUCCUACGACCCGCCUCUCUAUAUCCAAACACAUAUCGCCGAGACUCUCGACGAGAUCGCUCUCGUCCAGCAACUAUUCCCGGAAUCAACUAGCUACGCCGACGUCUACGACAAGGCUCACCUGCUCACCAACCGCACCAUCCUUGCGCACGGUGUGCACCUCACCAAAGACGAGCGCACCCUUAUCCGCGAGCGCGGCUCCAAGGUGGCGCACUGCCCCGCGUCAAACUCUGCCCUGGGCUCAGGACUGGCUCCUGUUCGCCUCUUGCUCAAUGAAGGCCUCACGGUUGGUCUAGGCACCGACGUGAGCGGCGGAUACAGCCCUAAUAUCCUAGAGGUGUGCCGACAGGCCUGCUUGGUGUCUAGGUUGCUUGCUUAUAGCAGCGAGUACCAAGAGAUGACGGGUACACUGGGAAACGAAACAACGAAUGGAGAUGAGAAGCUUUCUGUUGAGGACAGUCUUUACCUAGCCACACGCGGCGGCGCAGCCGUCGUCGAUAUGGCGGAUGACAUCGGUGGCUUCGAUAAUGGGAUGAUCUGGGAUGCGCAGCUGAUUGAACUGGGUGCUGUGCAGAAUAGCACCGUGAGCCCACUUGAUGUGGCGCGGGCGAAUAGCCUCGCUGUUCGGAGCCCUGUCGAGACUGGUCCUGUGGGCGAUGUUGACCUGUUUGGAAAUGAGACUUGGCAGGAGCAGAUUCAGAAGUGGAUGUGGAGUGGAGAUGAUCGGAAUGUGCAGAUGGUCUGGGUUCAGGGAAAGCUGGUGCAUACCAGAGAAUAG